AUGUGUAGGUUGUGUAAGUGUUUUGUAUGUUUUGUAUGUGCUGGUUUUGUUGUGUACCCAUCUGUCGUCCAUCUUGUCGAUUCUCACGAGAUCCUGUCACCUCGACUGGCCAUUCUUCUCCUCCGCCCUCUGCGCCAAAAACCCAUCAGUAUCAUCAAAUGCUACUCAUCAAUAUCAGCAGCCGAUGAACCCGAGUUGGACGCGUUUUACGAGGAGCUGGAGGAAGUAAUCCGCAAUGAGAAGACCUUCUACAAAUUCGUUGUCGGAGACUUCAACGCAAAACUAGGAAAGGCCACAGAAGAGGAAUACAGGAUUGGAAGAUUUGGGCUAGGGCACCGGAAUGAAAAUGGCAAUCGUCUCGCCGGGCUGUUGUCCGCCGCUCGCCUCUUUUCAUAA